AUGAUUAGAAGAAACAUCAGAUUGAGAAAAGAGUAUUUGUUUAACAAAAACAAAGAUUUGAAGGACAAAGAACAUCAAGAAAAGUUAAUGAAGAUCAAGAAGGCAGUUGAGAACGAUAGGAAAUUGCCAACUGAGUUUAAGAAGAACAAAGAUGAAUUAAUGCAUGAUUUGGAGUUGGCUGAUGAUAAAACUAUUGUCGCAAGAUCUCAUAUUGAUGAUGAAUACGAGGAAGCUAAGUACCGUGAUCCUAAGAUCUUGGUAACUACCUCUCGCACUGCCAGUUAGAGACUGACUUAGUUUUAGAAGGAGAUAAAGCUGAUUCUUCCCAACUCAGUGAGAAUGAACAGAGGUAACUAUGUGCUAAAGGAUUUGGUAAAGAUCUGCCAGACUAAUAAUAUCACUGAUCUGAUCAUUUUGCAUGAAACGAGAGGUGAGCCAGAUGGUUUGAUAGUAAGUCAUAUGCCAUAUGGUCCAACUGCCUACUUCGGAUUAUCUAAUGUAGUACUCAGACACGAUCUUAAAGACAAAGUAGACCCAGUUAGUGAAGCCUACCCUCACAUGAUAUUCCAGAAUUUCAAUACCAAGCUAGGUGACAGAAUAUCAGACAUCCUAAAGUAUUUGUUCCCUCUGCCUAAGGUUGACUCAAAGAGAGUCAUGUCAUUUGUGAACGAUGAGGAUUUUAUUAGUUUCAGGCAUCAUGUUUACAAGAAGGAAGACCACAAAAAUGUGUAAUUAAAAGAACUGGGACCUAGAUUUGAAAUGAAACCAUAUUAGAUAGUACUAGGAACUGUUGAUCUCAAUGAUGCUUAGAAGGAAUGGGUACUUAGACCCUAUAUGAAUACAGCUAAGAAAAGAAAUUAUUUAUGA